AUGUGGUCAUCCUUUUGGAGUAUUGCACUUACCGUGUGGCUGACGCUGGGACGGCUCACCGCAGGCAUUCAACUUGAUAUCAAUGAUCCUGAAUCGAUCAAAGAUGCCGCCGCAACAGCCGCCUACGGUAUGAUGUCCUAUUAUCAUGGCAACGAAUCCGGUCAAAUCCCAGGGAAGCUUCCAGGAACAUGGUGGACGGGUGGCGAGGUAUUCAUGGCCCUGGUGCAGUACUGGUACUGGACAGGCGACACAUCAUACAACGAUGUGACCAAGCAAGCCUUGAUCUGGCAAAAGGGCCACAACGACUACCUACCGGACAACUAUACCCAGGAUUUGGGCAACGACGAUCAGGUAUUCUGGGGCCUCGCCGCGAUGACUGCCGCCGAGUUGAAUUUCCCCGAGGAUGAAGAAGUGUCAUGGCUCGCACUUGCCCAGGGCGUAUUCAACACUCAGGCUGAGAAAUGGGACCCCGAUACCUGCAAUGGUGGCUUGCGGUGGCAGAGAAAUUCGUGGAACGGAGGCUACGAUCUAAAGAAUUCAGUCUCUAACGGAGGGUUCUUCCAGCUCGCGGCCCGCCUGGCACGAUAUACCAAAAAUGAAACUUACUCCGAAUGGGCAGAGAAGGCAUUCACCUGGGCCACGUCUGUUCCGUUGAUCAUCGAGAAGGGGUGGACUAUAAAUGAUCUGGUUACUGUGGAAUCGAAUUGCAAGGCACCUAACCAGAUGCAAUGGUCUUACAAUUACGGAAUCUACUUUAAUGGCGCUGCAUACAUGUAUAACUUGACGAAUGGUGAUAGCAAAUGGCAAAAUGUGGUGGAAGGCUUACUGAAUACUACAUGGCGCAACUUCUUCCCAAAGGAGUACGGGGGCAACAUCAUGGUUGAGCCAUGCGAGCCGCAAAAACCGGGAGUGGUAGAGUGCGAUGGCAAUCAGUCGACAUUCAAGAGUUUGGUCACCGCUUGGCUCGCCUUCACGACGACUGUCAUGCCCAACACUCUCGACCAGAUCUUGCCCAAAUUACAGGGCUCCGCAGAGGGAGCAGCAAAACAGUGUUCCGGGCCCUCUCCGGACAAGAUCUGUGGACAGCGAUGGUACCUUGAUAAAUAUGAUGGUGUGACCGGCCUCCGUGAGCAUAUGUGUGCGUUGAGCGUUUUCACCGCGAAUAUGGUGCCAUUCAAAACUGGAAACCGUGAGCAAGGUCCGUUAACGGCGGACACUGGAGGAACGAGCAAAGGUGAUCCGAGUGCAGGCACGGGUAGUCACAAGCCAGAGAAGGACGAGCCGCGAGAGAUCACGACAGGGGAUCGUGUGGGUGCCAGCUUUGCGACGGUGGCUGUUGUGGGUAUAUGGCUUGGAAUAGUAGCCUUUAUGAUGACCGGGGAUUGA